AUGGUCGACCCGGCACACCACCCACAUCCCUCUACCUCGCCUCUACCACCGCCGGCUUCUUCCCGCGACCUCCCCUCGCCCGCAUCCACCUCGCCCCCGAUCGCACCCUCGCAGCCCGGCCACGACACGGCCAAGGUCGUCGCGUCGCGUGCAGCUCCACCGGAACUCGUCGGCAUGUCGGCGCAUGUCCAGAGCGGCAGCGUGCUGGCGAGGGUGCGAGCUCUCGAGGCGGCGGCACCGGUGCUCGCGGUUGAAUCGGGCGAGAUCCGCGCGCCGCACACGCCGCCGUCGAGCCGCGACGAGCUGGGCACGCCGCCAAAGCUCCAGUCGGACUCGCAGCACGCGACGCCGACGCAGCGCCGCUUGUCGUCGGCCACCGCCGCCUCUCGCGCACCUCCUCCAGGCGUCGACUCUCUCCCCGCCGACCUCGUCGACCAGCCCCUCGAACCCUCGACCUCUCCGCUCGCGACGUCCCGCUCGACCUCCCCGCAACCCGUCCGCCCCAACUCGCGCUCCCUCAGCUCGGCCGCCCUGGCCGCCCUCGCCGACUCGCCCGCCCGACCUCGCCCGCCCAUCCCGCCCAAGAGCUCGGCGCGCCUCUCUCGCGCGUCGACCUACUCGUCGCGCAGCCGGUCGAGCAGCACCGGCGGGCCCGGCGGCGCAGACGGCAGCACGGCGGGCAGCGCCGGCCACUCGCGCCCCGCGUCGGCCGUCAUCGACGACGGCGCCCUCCUCGCCGUCACGAGCAUGCCGAGCGGCCUCGCGUCGAGCCUCGCACACGCUCGUCCGCGCCCGCCGUCGCGCUCGCAGGCCUCGUCGCGCACCAACAGCAGCGUGUACACGCCCUCGACCGGCGCGCUCCGCUCGAGCGGCUUCCUCAGCUCGUCCGAGGAGGGCGGCAUGACGACCGGCGGCGACAGCAGCUGGCUCGGUACGCCUGCGACGACGGCCGACUACUCGUCCGCCGCCGAGGGCUCGCCGUCGCUGUUGCCGGCAGGCCACAAGCGCCAGCACCACGUCCCGCCGCUCCACUUCGACCAGCCGUCGUUCGCGACGUCUCGCCAUGGCGGCGGCAUCGGCCUCGGGCCUCCUCCUUCGCGCCUCGACGGGCUCGGCAUCGCCUUCGAAUCGCCCUCGACCCGCAGCGUCGCCGACGAGCCGCAGUCGCAGCCAACGUCGGGCAGCCGGCCGAGCUUCGACGGCGACGGCGACUUUGCGCGCAACCUCGACCGCCUUUCGGCGUUCGCGCAGAGCCUCCCGAGCCCGUUGCCGGGCAUCAUGACGGCCUCGCACGCAGUCGGCGAGUGGAGCAGCGACCGCGCGCCCGCUCGCGACGAGGCGGCCCGGCAGGGCCUCGCGUCGCGCCCGUCGCCAACGCAGCCGUCACCACCAGACGAUCGCACGCUCGUCAUGUCGACCCGCUCGACCGCCGCACGCGACGGCGCCUCGCCCUCGCUCCCUCCUCCCCCACCUCUUCUCCCCGUCUUUGCGCCACGCCCUCGCGAGGCGAGCGCGCAGUCGACCUGGACGACCUCGUCCGUCGCCUCGUCACGCCGGCCGUCGCUCCUGCACAUCCCGUCGGGCGGGUUCCCGUCGGUCGGCGGCGCGCUCCGCAGCCAGCCGUCGCUCGACCGCCUCGCGAGCCCGGCCGUGACCGAGGGCAGCGAGGCGUACUACCCGUCGAUGGGCGAGGAGACCGACUUCCUGUCGACCGACGUCGACGCCGACGACGACGACGACGAGGACGACUCGUUCGGGCUCAUGGUCCGUCGCGCGGCGGCGGGAGGAGGCGGCGCGCCGGCGAGCUACCGCUCGUUUAGCCAGCCCUUGACGGCCGAGUCGAGCUUCGCGACGAGCGCGACGGGCUCGUCGUCGGUCGCGAGCGCGACGCCCAACUCGACCAGGGUCGUCGGCAGCGGCGGCGGCGGGCGAGGGCGGGGCAACAGCCUGUGGAACGAGGACGCGCCGGCGUGGGCCCUCGAGGCGGGCCCAGUCGGGUACGCGCACUACGGCGCAGACGGCGAGCCGCUGCAGGCUAUGCUCGGCGCGUCGGAGGAGGACGUCGUCGACUGGAGCGACAGGGCGAUCGAGAAGCAUGAGCUCCCGACCGAGACGACGCAUCUCGUCCUGAGGCGGUGCAGGACACCGUUCCAGAUUGCGCCGCUCCUGUCGCUCGCCGUCCCGACGCUCGCCCAUGGCCUCGUGGUCCUCGACAUCUCCGACUGCGGCAUGUCCGAGGUGCCGUCCGCCAUCGCCUCGUGCUGCUUCCUCGAGGAGCUCUCCCUCAGCGGCAACCCUCUCGCGACCGGCAACCUCCCGUCGUUCCUCGGCACCCUCCCCGCCCUCAACGUCCUCCUCGCCGACUCGUGCAACCUGUCGACCCUCCCGUCGUCGCUCGCCCAGCUCGGCCGCCUGCACACCCUCACCGUGCGCGGCAACCGCCUGCGGUCCCUCCCGGCGUGGCUCGCCCGCCUCGGCGCCCUCGACACGCUCCUCGUCGACGAUAACCCGUUCCACUGGCAGGUCCAGAACGUGGUGCGGCCCCUGUUCGUCCAGCCGGGCGCCGCCGCAAGAGACGCCGACCUCGCCGUGCCGUCCUCCCGACUCGGUUCGCCACUGCCGCCUCUGCCACACGAGCCGUCGUCCUCCACGUCGCCCGCCUCACGCCGAGGCUCGCCGCUCCCGCCGCCGCCGAUCAACACGACCGCACCCUCGCCGCCGCUCGCGAGCCCGCCGACCUUUCACUCGAUGGCCGGCACGCCGAUCUUCGCCGCCUUCUCGACGCCGCCUCUCGCCGCCUCGGGCGUCGUGCCGAGCGGGCCUGAGCUCGCCGCUGCGCUCGAGAGCGUGCACGACGACCUGCGCGGGUGGGACGCCUCGUCGGGCACGUUCCCCUCCCUGACGCCGGCCCUCACGCCCUCCCUCACGCCCGCCUUUACCCCGGCGCUCACGCCCGCACUCGUCGAGUCGCUGCCAGCCGUCGGCUUGCCUGUCGCCGCGACGUCGCCGCCGCCGCCGCCCGAGCCCGAGGUCAGCGAGAAGAAGGACAAGCGCCGGUGGAACCGCCUCCUCAAGAAGGUGUCGGGCACUCGGCUCCGCUCGGGCUCCAAGCCGCCGCCGCCGUCGGUCCCGCUCCGGCCGGGCGCGCUCGUCGCCGACUCGAGGACGUUCUCGCAGCCGGUGACGCGCGGCGAGGAGUCCGAGGUCGAGGGCAAGGCGACCGAGGGCAGCAGCAGCGUUGCCGGCGGCGGCGCAGGUGCGCGCAUGUUCGGGUCGGUCGGGCGCAAGCUCAAGAAGCGCUCCAAGGACCCGAGCUUGGCGGCGACCGGCACUGCGCUCCACGGCGCGAGGACGGCGCCGCCGAGCAAGCGCAAGUCGUUCCUGCUCCUCGACGCCUUCUCGUCGUCGCCCGCCGGCCUCGUCGCACCGUCUACCCUGUCGAGUCCGACCGUCGCCCCGCAGAACCACUCGGCGGCCUUGCGCUCGGUCCUCGCCUACCUGCGCGACCUCGACGACCUGUCGCCCGACGUGUCCCUCCCCGCCAUCCCGCUCGACACCCCCUCCUCGCCACUUCGUCACUCGCCCUCGCUCGGCGCCCUCGGCUCACGCCCCGGCUCGCCGGCGGCGAGCGCAGCCGCCGCGGUCCGCCGUGCGCAGAGCACGCGCCGCCUGCCCUCGUACGGCUCGGGCUCGUCGAGCGCGUUCCGCUCCUCGUCGGCGUCGCUCCGAGCGUCGCAGGCGUACGACGACCAGUCGCCGGACCCGUCGGCGCGCUCGCCGACACCAUGCCCCGUCGCCGAGCUCGAGAACAGCGGCACCAAGAAGUCGGCCGACGACCCGGUCAAGCGCGAGGCCGUGCUCAAGGAGAUUGUCGAGACGGAGCAGUCGUACUUGCGCGGCCUCGAGGAGUUGUGCGGCAUCUACGUCGACAGCGCGAGCGUGCCCGUGUCGAGCAGCGCCAACGGCGGCCGCAGGGACACGGUGCUGCCCUCGGCCGAGCGCAGAGCCGUCUUCGUCAACAUUGAGGCGAUCCGCGACUUUCACCGCCGCGUGCUCCUGCCCGACCUGCUCGCUGCCGUGCGAGGUGGUGGCGAUUCGGCCGUCGUCGCAGGCAAGGUCGGCGACGUCUUUGUGCAGCACGCCUCGUUCAUGAAGAUCUACACGCAGUACAUCAACGCGUUUGACGAUGCGCUCGCCCGCAUCCAGACGUGGGCCAAGACGAUCCCGACCACCCGCUCGAGGAGCAACACGGCGAGCGGCGCGCCGGGCGCCUCUCCUGCGCUCGCGUCCGCGACCAUGUUCGACGCGACGGCCGGCGUCUCGUCGACCCUCUCGUCCAGCCAGAAGAAGCGCAUCAAGACCUGGCUCAAGCGCGCCCGAGCACACCCGUCGCACUCGCAAAUCUCGCUCGAGUCGUACCUCCUGCUCCCGAUCCAGCGCAUCCCUCGGUACCGCCUCCUCCUCGAGACGCUCCUGUCGUGCACGCCGCCGCCGCCAGUGGCGCCCGAGCCGUCGACGCUCGCCGCCCUGCUCGACCCGCACGCCCAGAUCGCCCAGGCGGUGCAGGAGAUGGACGAGGUCGCCGUCGCGCUCAACGAGAGCAAGCGCGAGAACGAGGGCCGGGCGCAGCUCGUCAUGUGGCAGAACCGGCUCACGACGAGGUUCAAGAGCCCGCUCGUCCAGCCGCACCGGACCCUCCUCCGCAGCGGCAACUUGACCCUCGUCCGCUCGGUCAAGCGCUCGACGGCGCCUGUCGACCCGGCGCAGCCCAACCUGUACCGGAGCGCCAACGGCUCGUCGCCUGUCGAACCUGAGGAGAUCCUGACUUUGUUCCAGGAGACGAAGCAGGUUCCUCUCAUCGGCCUCUUGUGCACCGACCUCCUCGUCCUCGUCAAGGCGCCCUCGCCGCCGCUCGACCAGGACCCGAUGGCGCCUGUCGAGCUGUACACGGUCCUGAGGCUCAACAGCCCGCAACCCGUGCUCGGGAGCCCGGCUGGGCGCGGCGACUCGCCGGCGAGCUUGUUCGGCAGCGAGGACAUGCUGCGCCUGCGCGUCGGCGACAAGGCGAUCGUGUACCUCCGGAUCCCGGCCGCCGACUCGGCCAAGGCGCGCAAGGAGGCGCUGCAGUGGAUCAACGCGAUCAACCUCCAGUUCGAGGUCAACACGUAG